CACUAGCGGGUAUAUUCGGGUGGGACUUCACGUAACCGACUGUACGAGCUGUGGUCGAUAUGGCGGAGCGGAGCCAGCCUGUCGUUGUUUGUCGAUUUGAUGGGAUCCUGGCUGAUCACUUACACACACUGAGCAGGCGGUCAUCGCUAAUGACCCGGCACUCUUCUGUGUUCGACCUCUCGCCGAGCGGCCAGCAGCUGGCAGGUUGCCUUAUCACCAGGCUCCUCACGUCCGUCCUCGCACAGCGGGACCUGUCUUCACAGGAGCAGCUCCAUCCAUCCGUCAGCCCCCAUCAGGCUCCGGAAUAUGCCGCGCCACAUUUUUAUUAUUAUUAUUUUAAUCUGAUCAGCAUUUGUGACAUCGACAGGGAGGAAGAGCCAGACGCGCUCCAUCCGGAUUCGCUUGAAAGCCUCCAUCGAUCAGGUACCCGCCUUAAUUGUCGAUCUCCGGCAACAGCGUGACUACCGCGCGUCACGUGACGUCUUCAAGGCGCGCGAUGAGUCCGAGCAACAACAAACGCGCGCAGUGUGUAAACAAGCAAACAAACCAGCAAACCCGCGGCCAAUCGACACAUUCAGUCGCCUUGAUGCACGCACGGGGCAGGUUGCUGACAGGCCGUGUCUGGCUGUGACGGCAGCAGCCGGCAGCCCACCUGUUUGAAUGCAGCACAGAUACGUGGAGCCGACAACAGGCGUAACGGGAUGCCGCUAGUCACGCAUGCGUGCUGUAACCUUUGACCUCGUGUCAGCAGCGUGUGGCCAGGCGAUCACAGAGCUUGGGUGUCGGAGUACUUUCGUGCGGAUAUGCGCUUUCCUUUUUGGAAAUACGAGUGGCUGACAUUCUCGGGGUGUUUUCAAGUUCGAUUACUCUCCCAGCCAGGAGCAGCGGUGGAGGAGAGGCCAAGAUGCCAGCAAUCUUCAGUUCCGAGCGGAAGAUGUGCGAUCGAGACGUUUAGUGGCAUUUCCCUGGCGGGCUGAGUUCAGCAUCAGCAGGUGGACUUUAUCAACAUUGUCUUUAAGGAAACAGGUGUGUGGCCCUGCUGUCAGUGUUGUACUGGUGUCACAGAGAUGCAGCAGCUUUUGUUAUGGUGCAUGCUUCCUGAAUAAGUGCACAAUGCUGUUGGCAGAAUAUAGGCUGCAUGCUACUUCUUGAGGAGCAGCCUCAUUUUGCCAUUGCUGUGAGCAAAGUGUUCUCUGGCUCAGACAGAUCAUCUUGAGUCUCUAACAAGAAAUCCUGUGGGAGCUUCUAUUCUCAAGCAGUAUGCCACCUUCACCUGGGUCAGUGGUUCAUGCUCAAGAACAUAUUUUCAGAAGGGAGAGCAGCUGUAUUGGGUAGCAGCCACUGACCCUUACCCCCUCCCUUUUUUUAAUUCCAUCUCAACCAUUUAGAGGAAUUGAGAGUGUUGAAGAUGGGAGCAGUAAACGGCUGUUUUAUUCCUCAACAUCAAGGUGAUUCUGUGGAGUACAGAGGUUCUUAUAAAGGACCCAGACUGAAGAAACAUCGUCGAAAUCUCAGUGCAACUUUUAAUCUGACUGCAGUCGAUGAUGACAUGGAUGUACAUAAUUACGUGAACAUUAAUGCAGCAACUGAAGAAGAAUUGAUGACGUUACCUGGUGUGGAUCGAGUUAUUGCUAAAAACAUCAUAGAGUACAGACGGCAGAUUGGUGGUUUUCGGCGAGUCGAGGACUUAGCUUUAGUUUCAGGAGUUGGGGCAGAGAAACUAAAUCAGAUACGUUCUGAUGUGAACAUCAUAUCACGGCCAUUGCCAGGCUCACGAGACAGCUCUAUGCGAGAAAGUCGACAGGACAGUGAAAGUAUUCGUGAGACCAAGAACUCGCGUGGAGGAAGUGCUCAACACUUGAUAGUCAACAUCAACUCUGCCAACAUUUUUCAGCUCAUAAAAAUAAAAGGUUUAGGAAUGACUAUGGCUGAGAACAUAGUCACCUACAGAGAAAAAAAUGGGCCCUUUUCGUCUGUUGAUGAGGUGGUAAAAGUUAAAGGCAUUGGGCCUGGCAUCCUUAGUGCUAUUCGUCCACACCUGACUGUUACUGAUUCAACAGGUAAUGAAUCCUCUCCAUCAUCUCCCACACCACCAAGCUCAAAGCAGUAUCCUCACCUGAAUGGUGGCACAAAUAUGACCCAUGAAAAUGUCCCAUCACCACGCUUGCCCUCACAGCAAAGUGUUGAUCAAAAGAUUGACAACCAUAAGGACCUGAGCACAUCCUUAGUAAAUUUGCUGCAGGUGCUCGGCCCAUUGGCUGAAGUACCCAAGCGCCCAGAAAUUUUACAGCCUUUUAAUUUCAAGCACAACAACAAAAGGGCUCUGAGACUGGCUUCCUGGAACCUCCAGGAGUGUUCACUAGACAAAGUUAGUAAUCCUGGGGUGAAGGAUGUCAUCUGUAUGACCAUCCUCGAAAAUGGGUUUGGAAUAAUAGCAGUACAGGAACUGUCACAUGACAAGGCAUUGGAAGAAAUUUGCCAAGAACUGAAUCACCCUUCUUUGCCAAAUGUUAAAAAGUGGCAGGGACAUCGAGGAAAUUGGAGGUGUGCUGUGUCUCAGGUGGCAGGUAGAAUGUUUCGAACUGUGGAGUACAAUGGAUUUUUGUAUGAUAUCUCUCAGAAAAUUGAGUUAGUAAGUGCCAAGCUUCUUGAGAAAACUAAAAAGAAAGCUCCCUUUGCUCGCAUGCCCUAUCUUGGGUUUUUUAAGGUGAACAAGCAGCUUGACUGUGUGGUUGUAAGCAUACAUCUAAAGGCAGCAGGUCUGGAAGGAGAAAAUUCUGGCCGCACAAGGGAAGAAGUGGCCCUUAUGGCUGAUGUUCUAGACUGCCUGUCUGACAAUAUUCCUGGUGAAAAGGAUGUUAUCAUAGCUGGUGACUUCAACCUGGAGCCCGAUGCUGAAGAAUUCACCAGGCUGAGGGCAAAGGGUUACAAAAACUGCAUUGGUACAAAUGUUCCAACCAACAUCAGCAGAAGUAACACGGAUGGCAGCCAGUGCUUUGACAACAUCUGGAUCAGUAAACAGACUCAGGCUUUGUGGACUGGUAAUUCGGGUGUGGUGCGUGAUGGACUGUCUAGUCACUGGAUUCCUGAUGGAUGGAAAUGGGGUGGUUUUGUUAGUAAUCACUGCCCUGUGUAUGUCGAACUUUAUACCAACAAAGACUUGGACAAAGGUGAUCUGUCUCUUGAAAAAGACAAGGAUAUACAAUUCUUUGUGGGAGGUGACUCCUGAAAAAUUAGAUGUGCGAGGCCUCCCUGCUCCACCUGCCAGUAUGGUGUAGCAGAGGUUCUGUGGAUAUUACCCUCCACUCUGUAAUAAGCUUGGGCAAUGACUGUGAUUUCCUAGUAGCAAGAGGUUUCCUCAAAACCAGAACUCUUUUUUUGGUGGAUUCGCCCUUUGUUUUGUGCAGUGGUGCUAGCACUUUCUAUCAAUCAGGAAAGACAUUUCAGUAUAUUUGUAGCAUUUUUUACCAACGUCAGGACAUCUUCGGUGUGAUUCUAGUAUUUCCCACUAGUGUCACAACAAGUGCAGUGGACAGCCACAUCAAGCAACAGAAAAGGUGUGCUUUAACAUGCAAAUCUUGUGAUACAUUCGUAAGUGUGGCUGUGAAACUAUGGCAAGUGACUUGGAUACAUUCUCUGAAAGAAAUUCAAGUAAAUGUGGCACUUAGAAUUCUUUCACUUGACGGCGGUCUGUGUCUGUGCACUUCUCGAUGUGUUUCCAGAGAAAAGUUAAGUUUUGUCUUGACCUUUAACUUAUGUGCCUUUCCUUCUUAUUGGAUGCUAGGAAUGCUAGUGUAUGCAUGUGUGUUUGCUGUGCACAUGCAUGUUUGGUGUGCAUGUGCAUGACAUAGUCACAUUAGUCUUAGCUUCCUAUUACAAGAUCAGUUAAUUAACAGACUGAAGAUGCCUGUUAAGUGUAUGGAGAUUGUUUCCUCUCUGUAUAGUCCUAUUACUGCUUGUGACAACACUCAAGUACAAAUACAGCCUUGUUUUAAAAAUAUUAAAAAGUGAAAUAUGAUUUCACCGCUGAAUUUAUUUUGGAAAGUAUGCUUUUUUAUUUAAAUAACCAUUUGAUGCACACUAAAUCUUCUGAAAACUGUGUAUUUUCUAGUGGUUAAUUAAACAGGGUCAGAGAUGGAGAGAGUUUUUAGUGUGUACUCUUUGUAUAUCACAUUACACUAUUCAAUCACUGUAAAUGUACAGGGAAGAGAAACAAAGGGAUUCUGAAAUGAAAAAAUGUUCCCUAGGAGCUGACUGAAUGGAAUGACAGCCUUUGUUAAAAACCAACACAGUUUAUUGGAAGGGGUGAAGAAUAUAAUGAAUUUGGGUGGGGGUUUGGUGAGUUUAAGGUGUAGGAUUUGCUGUAUUAAAAUAACCGAAUGUAUCCUUUUUCACAUGAACAUAGCACAAAGGCUACAAGGCUACACUCAGAAUGCAUACUCCUUGCAACACUGAUAUCACUCGGACACUUUUCUUUUCAAUGUAGCAAUUGUAGUAUUAUUGUUACAGUAAAGGGGCAGAGGACAUCUUUAGUCACAAUGCACCAUAAUAGAAACAGACAUCUUAGAUUUGCAAUUGCUGGAGAGUGAAAAUUCUUAAUAUAUUGUGUUUUGCUUUAAGUAUGACGUCAAUAAAUUUAAAACUUUUACAUACAAAUGUGAAUAAUGAGUACUGUACUCCUGUUUAACCAUGUGUUGGCCUGAAGCAUCAUCUGGAAAACUUGACCAAUUUUUUUUCCAUUGUGUCUAAAAGAAAUCCUCAAAUUAUACAGCAUUUAUCAGAUUUUGAAAUGUUAACAGUAAAUUUCCUGAAACCCCACUGUUCUCUAUUUGCCAUUUGGUUGGGCAGACAUCCCAGAAUAUUAAGCAUUUAUCAAAAAGGUUACCACCUAGAAUAUAUAAAUGAUAUAUUAAUAUCUGCUGAUUUGCAAAUAUCUCAAGGGGACGAUCAGUCACACAUGGUUGUUUUGCUUAUAAGCAGCUGCUAUACUUCAAGCAGCAGUAUAUGGUUAUAGUUACCAGGGUAUUUACGAUUCACAUACAUUGCACUGACAAUCAUUGCAGUUGUAGAGGCAAGAUAGAAUUUAUUGUGAACACUGUUAAAAAAUCUGUCUGAUGUGUUUAUCAGUAUGCUUUCUGUGUAAGCUACUUGUAUACUUUUUUAAUAGCUGUACUUUAAUAUAGCAUGGUUGUAUGUAACUGUGGUCAAGAUACCAUCCCUGUGUAAAUCACUAAGUUUUGCAUUCAGCUUUUUAAUAGACUCAUCAUGAGCAAUUGUUUCAAUGGUUUUUAAAAACUCUCAUAACAUUUACAUGAGAUGGUGCCUGUAGUAGAUUUUGGAGAAUGUCAACAGGCAAUGUGUGUCAAACAGACCUAUUUAUUUAUACGUUCAGUUUUUAUACCUGCCAAGGCAGCAAACAGUAGGAGGCAGCUUCCCAGCUAAAGCUAGUACACAUCUUGUCAAAUAACCCUGCUAAAAUAAUAAUGGAUAUUUUUCUUAAAUUAGAUUUUUUUUAUCUUCUGUUUAUUUUGUGCUGUGAGGUGAAGCUCCUGCAGAAAGGCCAGUUGCAUAAGGAUGGUGUGUUGUUAAGUUGUUAAGAGCAUCACCUGCAUGUAUUGCCAGAUAUCAGGCACUUGUCUAAAUGAGAUUAUAAACUGCCACAAAUGCACUGUCAAGAACCUG